AUGGAUCGUUCACAGGUGGAGGUUUUUGUUCGGGCGCUGUCCCGCGUCUUGGGAUGGACAUAUAUGGCGAGCUGGUCUCUGUCCUUUUUCCCUCUACCCAUCUCAAUGUGGCGGCGGAAGUCAACAUCCGGGGUGUCCAUUGACUUCAACUUUAUCAACCUGCUCGGGUUCACCUGCUAUGCGAUUUACACUGCAACCUUUCUCUACUCACCGGUGAUUCGAUCUCAAUAUGCGGCCAGACACCCUGCCGCCGCCGAGCCGACCGUUCGUGUUAAUGAUUUAGCCUUUGCGGCACUCGGAGUGAUCAUGUGCCUCGUUGCGUACUCGAUGUUUUGGCCUCGUCUUUCGGGUCUGCAUACUCCUCGUCACCAACGAGUGAGCUGGACUAUGAGAGGCCUAUUCAGUGGCUGCGUAUUAGCGCCGUUGGUGGUGAUCUGCGUUGUCUUUGCUCAAACCCCGGAUAGCAAAAACAAUCCCUUUUCGUGGGCUUGGAUUGAUGUGAUCUACACUUUCUCAUACGACAAACUUGUCAUCACGACGGUCAAGUACGUCCCACAGGCUUGGUUGAACUACAGGCGGCAGUCGACGGUGGGAUGGAACAUUUGGACCAUUAUCCUGGAUCUCAUCGGAGGUAUUCUGUCUCUGCUGCAACUAGUCCUCGAUUCCAGUCUGCAAAGUGACUGGAGUGGCAUCACCGGAAAUCCCGCCAAGCUCCUGCUCAGUAAUAUCACCAUCUUCUUCGACCUUAUUUUUAUCGUUCAACACUACAUCCUGUACCGGGGUGCCUCAGACCCCAAGGCGAAAUCCGGGCCUGAUUCGACCACACCUUUGCUAGACGAUUCUAAUCCCUAG